AUGAUUGGCUAUAUAUAUAUAUANAAAGAAUUUGGAGUAGGAGCAUUAAUUGAAGAAGAAUUUAAUAUGAAAAAAAAAGCAGAAAAGAAUUAUGGCUCAAAGGAUUUGAAAGGCCUUGUUGUUGGUCAUUCUCAAGAAAAAUUUGAGGAAGGACAAAAUAUAAUUCUUACUUUAAAAGACAAAGGUGUUCUGGAAGAGAGUGAAGAUGUUUUAGAAAAUGUUAAUUUUAUUGAUAAUGAAAAAGCGGCAAAAAAUAUUGAAAAUAAAUUAAGGAAGAGUGAUUAUAAACCAUAUGAUGAUGAGUUUGAUGAAUUUGGAAUGGUUAAAAAGAAAACUCUUUUGUCAAAAUAUGAUGAAGAAAUUGAUGGUGUGAAGAAGGAAACUUUUGUUAUUGGUGCCUCAGUUGUUGAUCGUGAAAAACAGUUGGAACUGAUAAGAAUGAAAUUGAAACAGCAGCAAGAGGUAACAUUAGAUCUACCUGCUUUAAAAAUAGCCAAUGAAUAUUACACCACAGAAGAAAUGGUUAGUAUUAAGAUUUUAUAAAUUUUCUCUUUCCGAAAAAUACAAACAAUAAUAAUUUUUUGGAGAUAAUAUUAAGUAGCCAGAUUAUCCAGUACCAAUAUUCAGUUAUGAUAGAAGAUAUAAAGAACGACAGUAUAUUUGGGUGAGAAAAUGUUAAAUAUAAACUUAUUGUUAGAUGACAGUAAUUUCAAAGAAAGUGAUUUACAUGGGUUGACUUUCAGUUUUUCAAAUCUUAAAUUUUUGUUAUUUACUUUAACAAAAUGGAAUCUAUAUCAAAUAUUUUGAUGUUAAUUUUUAAUUAUUCUCAAAAUUGAAGUAAAGAAAAGCUCAGUUUUAAUAUAAGAAGAUACAGAUAAAAUACAGGGUGUUUCAAAACUUGUGGGCAAAAAUUU